AUGGCAACUAUGGACGAGGUAUUCGCCGGCUACGCAAAGCGACAAGCCACCCUCCAAGCAAGCACCAACAUACUCUCCCAAGGCAUCGCCUGGGUCGAAGGCGAGCUCGUCCCCCUGCAGUCCGCCCGCAUCCCCCUCCUCGACCAGGGUUUCAUGCACAGCGACCUGACCUACGACGUGCCCUCCGUCUGGGACGGCCGCUUCUUCCGCCUCGACGACCACCUCGAUCGUCUCGAAGCAAGUUGCAAGAAGAUGAGGCUUCGCUUCCCCAUUCCCCGCGACGAGAUCAAGAAAAUCCUCGUCGAGAUGGUCGCCAAGAGUGAGAUCAAGGAUGCGUUCGUUGAAUUGAUCGUUACUCGUGGACUCAAAGGUGUGAGGGGUGCGAAGCCGGAGGAGUUGCUGAAUAAUAAUCUUUACAUGUUUGUUCAGCCGUAUGUAUGGGUUAUGGACCCUGAGGAUCAGUAUCAUGGUGGUCGUGCGAUUGUUGCGCGAACCGUACGACGUGUUCCACCUGGCUCUAUUGAUCCCACUAUUAAGAAUCUCCAGUGGGGUGAUCUCGUCCGCGGCUUAUUCGAGGCCAACGACCGUGGCGCCACUUAUCCCUUCCUGACCGACGGCGAUGCCAACCUCACCGAAGGCUCAGGCUUCAACGUCGUCGUUAUCAAGAAUGGCGUGCUCUAUACACCCGAUCGUGGAGUCUUGCAGGGAAUCACAAGGAAGAGUGUCAUUGAUGCUGCGAGAUGUUGUGGAUAUGAGAUUCGCAUUGAGCAUGUUCCAGUUGAGGCGGCGUACCAGGCCGAUGAGAUUUUGAUGUGCACAACUGCUGGUGGUAUUAUGCCCAUUACUACUCUAGAUGAUAAGCCGGUAAAUGAUGGCAAGGUUGGACCUAUUACGAAGGCUAUCUGGGAUCGAUACUGGGCUAUGCACUGGGAGGAUGAGUUUAGCUUCAAGAUUGAUUACUAGGACAUUGUUUGAGAGAGUUGUAAAGUUUGGCAUUAAAUUAAACGCAUUUACCUCAUACCAAAUCCUGUUUCAGCCCAA